AUGGGCCAAUACUGGCUAGUGGUUUGCCCGUCCAAUCGCGAGUACACAACACAGUCAUUUGGAGGGAAGUUAUCAGAGUUGCUCUUUUCGUCGUGGUCCAACAUACUACGUGACCUGAUUGAAAACGAGUGGGCUGGCACUCAGCUCAUCUGUAUUGGGGAUUACUUAAAUCCAGACGACCUCCCUGCCACGAUUCAACAAGACAAGUUCCACCUGAGUUCCGCUGAGAGCGGUGCAACAUCCGAGCCCCUCCGCUACGAUGUCGUUAAGAAAACGUUUGGAUUUUGGUCUUACGAAGAAGAGAAAGCAGCGACUCUCACGGUCAUGGAAAAACCUUCCAAUCCCAAAAGUCGAGUCCUGAGGAACUUAACUACCGGUAAAUAUUUCUUUGAGGACGCGUUGCCAUUUAGAAUCACCAUUGGCCACAUAGUUCUGAUGAGUAUCUGUUGGUCGUCGGAAAGUUCAAUAGGCAUUACGGGCGGAGCAUAUCUGGCCAAGGGAGUCUGGGCUGGCCACAAGUUCGACAUUGUAGAUGCCGACAUGGUGGAACAUAUGAACAGACAAUGGGAAGAUGUCACCGAGGACGUCCUCGAUGAGGUUCAGGCUCUGUGGCCGAGCGAUUUCGGACAUAACUCGGAAACUGAAUGGAGAGUUUAA